AUGGAUGGCCAACGCCAGCAGCCAUACGUUCCUGGCCCACCCCCGCAAUCGAUCCCACAGGCUACCGCACAAAGCCAUAUGAUGCAAAUUCCUCCUCCCCCUCCACGCGUUACACACACAACAGCUCAUACUGGUGGUUUACCUCCCCCACCACCAGGCCCUCCACCCGGAUCGGCCUAUGGAAAUCAACCUGGAUGGCAGUGGGCAAGACAACAACAGGGAUUUGGCCAAGGCUAUUACCCACCGCCUCCGCCCUUAACCUCCUCGAAUCAAUUGUACAAUCAGCACUUGGCCUACAGUAUACAUCAGCCUCAAAAUCCUGGCUCUCUUUCUAUACAGCAGCCUCCUUCUAACGAUCCGCCUCUUACUUCCGCAACGUACAUCCCCGGUGGUAGCUCGUUCGGCCCGGGGGUUGGAAUACCUCCACUAAUCCCGCACGACAAUUACGAUCACUUUUCCCGUCCGGAGAGGGCCGGAUACCCAUACGACCCGGAUGCCUUACGAUAUAUCCCGGAAUCAUACGCUGAUAAAAUAACCCGGCCCCAAAUUCCACUCUCUUAUCGUGAACAGUCUGAUACCGCAGGAACGUUAAAUCCAUCGCAGAAUCCCCAUGUCCAGUCAUCGCAUCAAAAUUCCCAGGUUUCAACUCGGGAAAAUUCUAGCCGCCAGACAGCGAGCGCUGCCUCGAACGGCCUGUCAGCUCAUGAGGCCGAUGAAAAGUGGCCUCUUGAUCGUGUGUUACAAUGGCUAGCCCACAAUGGAUUUUCCACUGAAUGGCAAGAAACCUUCAGAGCGCUGGAUCUGAAAGGAGCAAAAUUUAUUGAGUUGGGUUGUGGAGGUGCAAAUGGAAUGGGAAACUUUGGCAAAAUGCAUCAAGAUAUCUACCCGCAGCUUGCAAAAGAGUACGGGGCUGCAUGGGAUCCAGGCCGGGAGCGUGAUGAAGGGGUUCGGAUGCGAAAGUUGAUCCGGAGCAGUGCUGAAACUAAGCAUUCUGAAAAUACUUCUUCUGGACGAUUCUAUGAACAACAUGCUAGCGCGUCAACAGAUGGAGGUGUAGAAACUUCCCCUCAUCUACGACCAGAUUCUUUUCCCUUUGACCCUUCUUCUACUGAAUUCGGCCAUCAAGAAACAACUUCUAGAUCUGAACUGUCCAGAAACAUACUUGGUAAUGCUCUUGGUGAAUGGCGAAGACAUAGCCCAUCCGCUUCUAGCGAUCAUGGGAACACUACUUCAAAAUCCAGAGGCGGGAGCCCAGCAACCCAAUUCGCAUCCAUGGUAACAGCAGAACCUACCGGAACACCUGGUGAAAUGACUCACGCAAAACGAAAUAGUUCUGAUUCUAUCAUGAGUCGCAGCUUCCGACAAGGUCAAGGCCCACCUAUGCGGGAGCAUCCCAUGAAGCAAAGCGAAAUGCCGUCAAAAGAUCAUAAAGGCUUCUUAAAUGCUAUCCGGAAGAAGCUGGGUCCAUCGCACCCUUCUCCUGACGACACAAGUCUUGAUACUCCUUCCAGUCCAGCUCGAUAUGCCCAAUCAUUUCCAUAUUCUGGGAGAACAGGUCCAAAUUCGAGCGAACCCUCACUGGGCUAUGGCAUAUCCCAGCCGUCGACCGAGUGUCACGCUCGAAAAGUAAUUCAGAAUCCUCCUCCGAAACGAUUCAUAUUUGUGACGCUCGAUGGCUGGAACUACCGCCUGGUGGAUGUUACGGAUGUUGAUGCCGCGGAUAUGUUGCGAGCUCACUUGUGCAACGGCGUCGGUAUCAAAGAUCCAAGUAGCGCUUUAAUAUACGUGACAGAACCCGGAAAAGUCGACCAUGAGGAACCGCUGAGCGAUACCAUGUUGGUUGUGAAUCGGAGAUCCAAAUCAGACGACCAGGGAAGCUUGAAGCUGUAUGUCCAAAGCAUGGCGCCGCCUGCAUUCGGGUUAGGCCUGUCGUUCUCCGAGCGAGUUGCCAAUGGUGCCAAACCACAGAGAAGUACCACAGAGGAUGACGCUCGCAAUCGAACCAACCAUGUCGCCCACCCACGCCGAGUAUCUCCUGCCAUGGCACAUCGUGCAUCUAUGCAGAAUCUAGCCUCAUAUUCCCCGUUUAUUGAAGAUGACAGAUGGGUUGAAGAGUCUCCCGAAGAAAAAGAACGAAACGCCGCGAUUCUAGCGGCUCAUAAAGAACAUCGCCGUGUUGUCGAAGAGAAACAGCGGCUUUACCUCCAGUCGAAACGCGAGCAGCUUCAGAAAGAAGCAAACAUCGGGAGGAGGAAGAAACCCAAAGACUCAAGUGCUCAAAGCUCUGACCAGGCACGAUCUUCAAAAGACUUCUUGGUAGAUACCCGAGAAAGGUCGUCGAGCUUCAGCCCUAAGUCAGCUUCCCCCAGUAUGGGCAUCGCUGCGGCCAUUGCCAACAUGGGCAAAAUUUCCGGUUCGAUUGCAAAACCCUUAGCAACCUCGUCCCCCUUUUCGCAUUCUCCUCGCACUCCAUCAGAAUCAGAAAUCGGAAAGCUAUCCUCAACGGAAUCCGCUGAUACUGGCAGUGCCGGUUCUCACCGGGCCAGCCCUUCUUCGGCUAUUACUAGAGGCCCCGCCUCGAUGUUCAAUGUACCUAUUCAUAACGAUGGUAUUUCGGCAAGGAAAGCGAGUAUUAGUGAAACUCCAUCAAGCCUACCCGAAAAAGCCACAUAUGCAACCUCUUUGCGGGAACCUAGUCGAGUACCGUCACAGUCGCGACUGUCACACGGCCCUGACUUCGAUUUCCAGGAAACAGAGGUUCUUUUCGUAAAAUCACCUCAGCCACCACCUCAAGAUUCAGAUGAAGCUUCUGACGAAGACCUUUUCAUAAAACCUCUUGCAAACAGAAAACCCAAACCGAAAGCAGACGGGAAAGCAGCCACGGGCUUGGCUAGAGGUCGAUUAGCGAAACCUGCUUUGACGGUGAAUACUAACUCUAGAGCGGUGAAAGGCCUCUCUGUGACUUUCAAAUCUCCAGGUCCCGCUGAUGCAUUUACGCCACUCACUGACCAUAGUGACCCCCGAAGUGGACACCAUUCAGGCGAUCCGGAUACUGAUGACUUGUCUCCUCAAGAUUUGAGAAAUUCUCGUCGACGAUCAUUUGUUAGGGACGAUGUAUGGGCGAGCCGUCCUCCUGUUGAAGGGAUGAUUGAUCACUUGGAAGAUUUCUUCCCUAACAUCGAUUUGGAUGAACCUUACCUGGAAGGCAUUACCCUAACACCUCCAAUGUCUCCAACUGCCACUCCAAGCCACUCAGAACCAGAGCCAGAGCUGACACAAAAUUUACGAGAGCAUGUGGCGCAUGCUGCACCUAACCUAAGCUCCAUUUUGCGAAAUCCAUCUGAUACUUUAGGGUCAGAUGAGUCAACUUUAAAGGCCAAAGUCACGGCGAAAAAUGUAGCACAGCGGAAUGUAAGCCGCGCCGGUGGCUUGAGCCGUAUGAAGUCGAUCCGUGAAGUUGCGAAGGGAGCUCAUCAAAUUCGUCGAAACCAAAGCUCUGCCGCGUCCAAGAAUGCGCAGUCUGGCAUGCUCCGCCGGAAAAGCACCAAGAUGUUCGGAGCCAGGAUUAUGCAAAUCAGUCCAAAACCGGGUAGCCGCCUGAGUGACCUGGAUCCUCUACCACAGCACCCAGUUCCAUUUGAGAAAGUACCCCAGAGGCAACCAACUUUCAGGAUUAUCAGGGGUGAACUCAUUGGGAAAGGUACAUAUGGCAGGGUGUAUCUCGGUAUGAAUGCUGAAACCGGUGAAUUUUUAGCCGUGAAACUGGUGGAGGUGAACCAGAAAGCGGCCGGUUACGAUAAAGACCGCAUAAAGGAAAUGGUUUCGGCCAUGGACCAGGAAAUCGAUACCAUGCAGCAUUUGGAGCAUCCCAAUAUUGUGCAGUAUCUCGGGUGUCAUCGCACCGAACUAUCCAUUUCCAUCUACCUGGAAUAUAUCCCUGGUGGCUCUAUCGGAAGCUGCCUUCGAAAACAUGGCAAAUUCGAAGAAAGUGUGGUUAAAUCACUGACCAUCCAAACACUGCGUGGCCUGUCCUACCUACACAAUCAAGGAAUCCUCCACCGAGAUCUUAAGGCCGAUAAUAUUCUACUCGACCUUGACGGAACAUGCAAAAUAUCGGAUUUCGGUAUCUCCAAAAAAACUGAUAAUAUCUAUGGAAACGAUGUAACCAACUCAAUGCAAGGCUCUGUGUUUUGGAUGGCACCAGAGGUGGUACAAUCCCAGGGUAAAGGAUAUAGUGCCAAAGUUGACAUUUGGUCUCUUGGAUGCGUUGUUCUAGAGAUGUUCGCUGGUCGACGCCCAUGGAGCAAAGAAGAAGCCAUUGGCGCAAUCUUCAAAUUGGGAAGCUUGAACCAGGCGCCGCCUAUCCCCGAAGACGUGUCACUGAAUAUUUCUCCAGCAGCUCUGUCAUUUAUGCUGGAUUGCUUCACAAUCAAUACCUACGAGCGCCCAACUGCGGGAACUCUCCUCUCACAACACCACUUCUGCAUUCCCGACCCGAAUUACCAUUUCUUCGAUACAGAGCUUCACGCGAAGAUUGGACACUUGUAG